ACUGCGGCUGGCUCAGAAUAACAAGGCAGUUCGCUAAUACCCGUCUAUUGGGGGUUUUCUCCGAUACACCGAGAGAGCUAAAAAAGCUAGCAAGGCUGCCAAGCACAUUGCACAGUCCAAGUUCCGCAACCCAGCAUGGCUUCGGGAGACCUUUACGAGGUGGACAGAAUAGUAGACAAGCGGAAAAACAAGAAGGGGAAGUGGGAGUACCUGAUCCGGUGGAAGGGCUACGGCAGCAACGAGGACACCUGGGAGCCGGAGCACCACCUCCAGCACUGCGAGGAGUUCAUCCACCAGUUCAACGCCCUGCACAUCCACAAGGACCGCCGGCCUAAGCAGCAAGGCAAGCACAGCGGGGGGCCCCGCUUCCUCAGCCGGACGGGGCCCGGCGAGGCGGUCAGGGGCCGGGGGGGGGAGCGGCGCAAGAGGAAAAAGCCUGGAGCAGCCGGGGCAGCCGGCGUGCAAAAGCAGAAGAGGAUCGGUGCCGCGAAUAAGCAGGCCGGACACAGGGUGACCAAGGCCAUGACCUACAGGAGCACGCCUGGCGGCCUGCAGUUCGUGUCCGUCAGGAAGCCACACAAUGGACUACAGAAUGGGGACCUGGUGGACACUCCCCCUUUUGGCGACACCACCGGAGCACACAAAAUCCCCACCGACACUGUGGACCAAAUGCUGGAGCUCAAUGUCAGCAAAACACCCCUUGUGAAUGAAUUAGGACCUACACUCUCGAAUGGUGGAAUUAAUUUGCAUAGUUCUGUGAAGCGGAAAAUGGUAGAAGAUAAGGGCUAUGUGUUUGACAAGAGGCUGAGGUACAGCGUCCGGCAGAACGAGAGCAACUGCCGCUUUCGGGACAUUGUGGUGAGGAAAGAAGACGGCUUCACGCACGUACUGCUAUCAAGCCAAACAUCAGACAACAAUGCACUAACUCCAGAGAUAAUGAAGGAGGUGAGCAGGGCACUGGGAAACGCAGCAGCAGACGAUAGCAAGCUGCUGCUCCUCAGUGCGGUGGGCAGCUACUUCUGUAGCGGCGUCGAUCCCUCCUACCUUAUAGGCCGGCUGUCCACAGAUCGGCGGAAAGAGAGCAGCCGGAUUGCUGAGGCCAUACGGGACUUUGUGAAAGCGUUCAUUCACUUUAAGAAGCCAAUCGUGGUGGCAAUCAAUGGGCCGGCCCUCGGGCUGGGAGCCUCCGUCCUUCCACUGUGCGACAUCGUGUGGGCCAGCGAGAAGGCCUGGUUCCAGACACCGUCGGCCUCCAUCCGGCUGACCCCAGCCGGCUGCUCGUCCUACACCUUUCCUCAGAUCCUGGGCGUGGCCCUGGCGAAUGAGAUGCUGCUCUGCGGGAGGAAACUGACCGCCCAGGAGGCCUGCAGUCGGGGACUAGUGUCCCAAGUCUUCUGGCCAACCACCUUCAGCCAGGAAGUAAUGCUACGAGUGAAGGAAAUGGCUAACUGCAGCGCUGUGGUUCUGGAGGAGUCCAAAUGCCUGGUUCGCAGCUUCCUGAAGUCGGUGCUGGAGGAGGUGAACGAGAGGGAGUGUCAGAUGCUGAAACAGAUGUGGAGCUCAACCAAAUUCCUGGAGUCUCUUUUCACCUACCUACAGGAAAAGGUCUAUGAUGUCUGAAUUCCUAUUUUCACCAAAACAGCAGGGUCAUAUCUCUACAACCCGAGUCAGGAACCUUUGGCAACCUGCAGAACACCUUCUAAAAUAUCUGAACAUGCCCUCCCACAAAUUACCGUGGCAAUAUUGACAGGCAUCACCCGAUCACCAUCCUCUAUGAGUGGUGUCUCCCCCUUGUGGCAGGAAAAGGACAUACAGGAAAUAGAUGAUGGGAGCUCAUGGCUGGACGGUCAGGGUGGCAGAUACCCCACCUCCAAGGAAUAGCGCUAGAGCUCAUAUGAUAUCAUUACUGCACCUGCUGAUAUUUCCACAGUUGGACUCCCCAGCCCUGUGGUGCCCUUUCAUUGCAUUCCACAGACCUAAAUUUUUUUUUGUUUUUUGUUUGUUUUUGAUUAUUAUUAUGCUUUCAAGAAUUAUCUGGAGAUAUUAAUAUUGGUUCAUUAUUCAGGGCAUCUUUCAUUUAUUGGUCACACAGACCAGCUUGCUGGAAGACAUCUUAAUAUAUUUAUCUUUUCUCACAAACACAUUCCUCCUCUCUGUAUAACAGAGCUGACUUAUGCUGGAGACUUGUUCAAAAAUGUAGAGAUGAAUUUUUUGUGGAUUAUUUAUGAUAUCAUUGGCACUCGCCAGUUAUGGGGUAAUAGUAGUCGUACGGGUGGAGUAGGGACGUAUUAAAAAUGAACAGGGUAUGGUGGGGUCCCAGCCAUCCUUUGAAGUGAACAAAGGAGUUUGAUCAGAAUCCUGCCAUCCUUUGGCUGCAUUCAAAUUGCAUUAGAGUGCACCUUACAAUAGAGAUGACUGCUAAUUCCUUUGAAAGUUUGUCUCCCACAGACAUUUUGUCUAUCAUCUCUUUUAACUAUUCACUUAAGGGCUCAUCCAGACUUGAACUAAUUCCCAGCUGCUGUAUGUUGGGAACUGCAGCACCAACUGCCUGAAUAUGGAAGCUGUGACCUUUCUAAGUCCGAACUGCCAACUGCUUAAUCUUCGGUGUAAUCUUGAUACACAGGUUCUUAACCUUUCUGAGAACAAGGUCUGGCUUAUUCCAAGUCAAAGGGUAGGCUUGAUCUGAGGGAUGUUUUUCUCAUGCCUAAGGUCAGAUAUGAUACAAUACACAGCCCAUGAAAAUCGUCAGUCUUGAGAUGGUGAAUUAUAAUAAAUGUUUGAUUUAAUUUUAAUUUAACCAAAAUGAUUUGUUGGGAAAUACCCCGGAAACGAAAUUGUGGAUUUUAUCCCAAACAUGGAGAAUGCACGAGAAGGGAAGUGAACCACACAAAUAGUUUCACUGUGGGUGUGUGAAUGUAUGUGAGAAAGAGAGCAUGUGUCUGUGUCUGUGUGUGUGUGUGUGUGUGUCUGUGUCUGUGCAUGUCUGUGUGUGUGUGUGUGUGUGUGUGAGGCCUGCCUGUGCACAUAUAUGUGGAAGCUUUUUUUAAUGUGCAUAUGCAUGGCAAAUUUUUGAGAUGAGCCAUUCAUACUGAACGAAGUGUAUGAGUUGGAUGUGUACUCAGCAGAUUCAUUGUGUAAAAAUAGAAUAUGUUGUGUGCAUUUUGAUCAUUAACAGUCAUAUAUGCAGUGUGCAUUUUCAGUAUGGAACAAUUCAAGGCGUGGCGUUUAAAAAUGAUGUGCCCACCUCACUGUAGUAAUGUCUAUCAGUCCUUUAUCACAGGAAAGACCAAAUGGGUAGUACCAGAACUGAUCUGACUUCCAUAUGGUAGAAGAGCAGUAAUUAGAUGAGGCAAGAUCCUGUAACAUCAGUGAGUAACAUUAAAACAAUUUAAAGUCAUUCAUAGCCUCCUUAAAUUAGCUUAUUUAAAUGGAUUGUUCAAUUUCUGACAUCUAAAUCUGUUUCAGAUUUAGUGUAUAUUUGUGAUGCAGUAACUGGACAGUUUUGUGGAAGGAUAUUUUGGAUAUUUAGAGAAAUAGUGAAGAUACUGGUUCACACGACGAGGUAUGUCUCCUUAUUCAAUCCAAAAAAAUGUUUGAAUCCCAUGAUUUCAAAUCAUACCAGAAAGCCAAAGGAUACUAUGAGGUGAAAGUGUUUCAGGUAUAUGACAGGGAUAGAGAGGCUAAUUAUGACAUGGCAUCAUUUCUAAAAAUGACUAUAGGUUUAACAAGCUAGUUUUCCAGUAGUAAAGAAACUCAUGUCAUAAGCUCCUUGUGUCUUUUAAACCCAGGACUUUUGUUGAACUAAUUUGAAUUUCCCAGUUUCAUAUAAUGCCAAUUUUGUCAUGCAGUGUACUGAAUAAGGAAAUCCCUUGAUUUAAUUUUCAUUCGUUCAUCCUCAGGGUCUUUGACAAGGUGACAGUAGCGCAGAAUAGGAAUUUACUGAAAUUUGCUUUGGAAAGGCACCAGCACUGGCACUGGUUUUAAGAAGAAUGGCCAAUGCAGACGAGAACUGGAAUUACAGGAAGGGCAUAGACAUUAGUUUUGCUGAAUCAGUUGGCUAUGUGCUGUGUAACUGCAGCCAGAUGUAGAAUGAAAGCAUGAAUGCACAGGCUUAAAAGUUUGCCUCGUUACUUACAUAAAUCUGAAUAAAUUUGUAAUUUUAAAGAGUUUGUGAACUCCGACUUAAUUAAAUCCUUUGUGUUCUGGUCCACUUUGAGAGUUGAACUACCUUGCCUUUGGCAAGUAGCAGUUUUUCUCUUAAGUCUUUCCUAUUUUGAUGUUAUUAUAACUAUUAUUAUGUAGAACUGUCAAAUUUCUAACCCUAUAUUUAUUAUAUUUAUUUAUUAGAUUAGCUUAUUUUUCUAAAAUCCUUCACAAUGAUUAUAGGUGAUCCCAUAUGAUACAGAGAGGGUAGGAAGGGUUAGCACACUUAUGACCCAACAAGAUAUAUUUGAAUUCAAUCAAGGAAACAGAAUCUGUAACCAAAAGGUUGCAUGAUUAAAUCCAUAGUGGGGCACAGUUGUUGUACCUUGAUAUAAACCGAUUAUUUUACAGUUAAAAUCAAGAUGUUCACAUGUAUAGUACAUGUAUAUGUAAAGUAAUCUGGUUAAGGAUAUUUUGUAACCAAAUAAAUCAUGUUAUUUCAUUUGCAAUGCAUCUGUACAGAAUUUGAAGGGAGUUUGGUGUGUUGUAUUGAAGUGGACAUGGACACUGAUUGAGUGGUAGGUACUGCACAUGCUCAGUGUUCUGCAGGGACUUAAUAAUACACAUUAGAGGUGUAUUAAGUCAUUUGUGGCUUUGUGAAUAUAGCCAUGAACACAAGCAACAGAGUGCAGCACUGAUGAAUUUCCAAUUAAAUAUUGAAGUUCAAUCAGUCUGUUGUGUUUUUUUUUUCUUUUUUGUUGUUGUUGUUGUUUUGUUGUUUGUUUUGUUUACAAAAUACUAGUCCUGUUUCAAAAUUCACCGGUCUUUAACUUGCCAUCAGAUAUUAAAGCAACUUUAACUCCUGUAGCAACAUGUUUAGUCCUUUUGUAAACAUCAGACCUUUUUCCCCAAAUUAGUUUUUCUCAUGUAAAGUUAGUCCUUGGAAAGCAGAAAAACCCAGAAAAUCUAUUUCUGUUUUUGUUGUGAAAUGCUUAAUUUUUGUUUGUCUUCACACAACUAUAUUACAUUUAUUUAAUUGAAAAUACUUAACUUAUUGUAUAAAAUGUUUGAUAUUAUUUUAAAUGACAAAUUAUUUUAAUACUUUCGUAGUUUAUUUUUUGGUCUGUUUCGUUUUCCCCAAAGUAUUCUUUCACUUCUUGCACUUUUUGUCGGUUAGGCUGUAUGUAUUAUUGAAAUAAUUGUGCAGUAGGAGUGGAAUUGCAUGUGAUGAUGGAUUCAGCAAAUAUAUGUUUUGUAUGGGUAUCUAUCUAUAUUGGGUAAUACAGUAACCACCAAUGUUGUAGGUUUGUGAAAAAUGUUUGAAAUCAGCAACUUUGCAGUUGUGUGCAUAUAUAUACAAAGUUUGCUAUUAUUUGUGUAAUUAUGCUUGUACAUAUUCUGUUGUAGAUAAAUGGGUUGCCUGUCAAAUCAUAUUUUCAGGGUAUGGCUUUUUGUAUCGCCAUAGUGAGCAAUGUUUGAAACCUUGCACAAUAUAUUUAUUUAAUUCAAAAUUAAUGUCCAGUUAUUCCUGAGGAGCUUAUAGUGCCAUACAUUUUCUCUUUCCAAAAAUCAGUUGGGCCUGUUAAGUACAAAGAUUUGCUUUUACCUUUGUUUUCAUUUGAUUUGAACACAUAUGAUGGGAAUUGUUCUCUUUUGUUUUCUCAUAUUUAAUGAGCUCAGCCAUCCAAUUGUUUGUUUAUGAUGUUAAAUUAAAUUCCCUUUUACUAGCAUUGCAAAAAAUCCAUUACUCAGACAAGUAGCUUCCUGUAUAGAUUAAACCCAUUGAUAGUGUGCUAAUGUAAUUGAUAAUUAUAUGCUAUAUGUUGAAAGACUACAUUUUCAUUAGGAAGCCAUUCAGAAAAAAAGUAUGCAUGACUUGUAAGGGCCAUACAUAAUGUACGAUUUGUAUAAUAGACUAAAAUGUUUCUCUGAAGUUUAUUUUAAAAUAUUGAUUGAAUUUUCUAGAAAGAAGGUUGUGAUUAAUGAAAUGCAGUUAAAUGCAAAAGUAUUGGAACAGUGACACCAUUUUCUUGUUUUGGCUCUGUGCUUCUGCACAUUGGGUUUUAAAUAAAACAGUAAAUAUGAGGUUUAAAAUAUGAGGUCCUCAGCUUUAAUUUGAGGGUAUUUGCAUCUAGAUCAGGUGAUCCAUGUAGGAAUUUGCAAGUGAAAUCCUAACUUGGCCAGUCAAGAUCAUUCCACUUUUUGGCCCUGAAAAACUGUUGGAUUUCUUUAGCAGUUAGUUUGGGCUCAUUGUCCUGCUGCAAGGUCAAGUGCCGUCCAAUGAAUUUUGAGGCAUUUGGCUGGAUCUGAGUAGAUGUUUCUGUACACUUUAGAAUUCAUCCUGCUGCUGCUGUCAGCAGUCACAUCAUCAAUAAAGAGAAGCGAGCCAGUUCCAGUAGCAGCCAUACAUGCCCAAGCAUUAAUACUUCCUCCACUGUGUUUCACAGAUGAGGUUGUGUUGUGCUUUGGAUCAUGAGCAGCUCUCCAUACUUUCCUCCUUCCAUCACUUUAAUACAGGUUAAUACUCUUGCCAUCUGUCCAUAAGACAUUGUUCCAGAACUCUAGUUUCUUAAUAUACUUCGUAGCGACUCUAGCCUGGCUGUUCUGUUCUCGAGGUUUACCAGUGGUUUGCAUCUUGCAGUGAACCCUCAGACGUUAUGCUGGUUUAUUCUCUGUUUUAAUGGUAGUUUUUGACACAUCUAUGCUCACAUCCGGGAGAAUGUUCUUGAUCUGACUGACAGUUGAAAAUUGUUUUUUCUUCACAAUUGAACGUAUUAUUUGGCCAUCCAGGACAGCAGUCUUCCAUUGUCUACCAGGUCGUUUGCUAUUGCUAAACUCGCUAGUGCAUUCUUUUUUCCUAAAAAUGCAUCAGUUGACACAUACAAUGUUUUAGUUCUGUCUCUGGUAGAUUUAUUCACAUUUUCCAGCCUCAUGACGGCAGGCUUUACUGGCAUUGACACUUGGUCCUAAUGUUGAGACACAAGAACAACAGACUCCAAAUGCAAAUUCCACACCUAGAAUCUACCCAACCGUUUAUUAGAUUUCUUGUGCAUGAAUUAAUGAUGCAAACACGCACCGCUGGCUAUAUAACAGCAGAGCAGGCAACUGUCCAAUUACUUUUGUUCCCCUAAAAUGGCAGACUGUAUAAAAAGGGCUGUAAUUCCUACACAGAUCACCUGAUAUGGACAUAAGCACCCUCAAAUUAAAGCUGCUAGUCUGCACUUUAACCUCAUAUUCAUGGGAUUAUUUCAAAUGGUCUGGAGUGCAAAACAACAUUAACAAUAUAAAAUUGUGUGACUGUUCCAGUUCUUUUGAACUGUACAUGGUGAAUAAUAAUUGAAAAUUGAAGUACUGAUCACAAUACACUUCAAGGUGUCCUUGAAGCAUUUGGUUCAAAGUGCUAACUUAAUAUGCCGAACACUGUACAACAUUUCAAUUAGGUUAUUUGUUUAAAUUCACUGAAUUCAUUAAUAGUUUUUUUUUUUUUUGAUUAUUACAUUUGUUAGAAGCUUCAUGGGCAAUAUUUGGAUAUUACUUAUAAGAUCUACAUUUAUGCAAUCAUUUAUUCUGAAUUCCUGCUUAUUCUUAUUAUAUUAUGUGAAAGUAAUUACGCUUAUGUUUUACUUAUGUUUCCAAAAGUUAAGUACAAACAUGUUUGGAUAAUUAUGAUGCGAAUUACCAAAAAGUUUUAAAGAAUGACACAUUUACUGUAUAAAGCAUUUUAAACUUAAACCUCAACAAAUGAAGUUUUUUCCAUGAGCCAUUACAUUACUGAGUACAUCCUGUAAAGAAUAGAUUAUUAUGAAAUAUUGUGAAAUACUGAAAUGCACAAAAUGAAAAUAAUAUAUCACUGGAAGGUAGAGAUUUUCUUUCCUAUUUAUAAGCAUGUACAAUUUUCGGCCCUUUGCCACUCUCCUUUUAUGUAUGAUUUCAUAAUGGUGGAAAUUGAUUAUUUUUUGUGAUAAAUGAAUUUAAACCAAUAUUUAUUUUACAUGUGCGAAAUCAUGAAUGGGAAUCUAUGGUGAUGUGUGAUCUAUAUAUAUAUAUAUAUAAUUUGAGAACUGGUUAACUAACCACAAAAUUAUUGCGAUGGCCAUCCCACUCUUCAGUUUAAUAAUAUUAAAUUAAAAUCUUUUUGUGAAAUAGAAUUUCUUGUUUAAAAAAUUGGUUGAUAUGAAAAAUAUCACAUUCCUAUUUUUAUUUUUAUUAUGUUUUGAGCGUACCAUGUAGCUCAUUACCUAUGUUGUUUAUUUUAUACAGCCUUUUUUGCUCAUCUUUAUCAAGGGUGCCAAUUUUAGAGAGUACUAGUGUGUAGUGACCUUAUAUUUGGCUGAUUUGGCUGCACUGUUAAGUGAAAUCAACUUCCCUUAUUUACCAACUAUGCUAAAGCUCCUCUGAUCUUGAGUUUCUAAGUCAUGUGCUGUCUAUGCUCCUGUAUCUGAUUUCGAACACAUUUCUUGGUGCCUUAGAAGUCGUAUUUUUCAUGUGUGUCAAUGAGAUGCAGUAUUUAUAUAUAGUGGAGGGGGGAAAGCUGCUUUGAAUAAACUAUGAAAUUGA